CGAGAUCCUGCUUCGCAUAUCUUAUCAUGUCUGGCCAAGCCUUGCCAUCGGCAUUCGCGCACCGAAACGCAAGCCCGAAGCGCGGUACAAAACAUGACUAGAAUGUUGCUAGAACGGCGAGCUAUGAAUCAUUGCCAGACCCCAUCACAACCCAGAUAACCUCUGGCACUACCCAGAAGAUCCAUGAGACUCGACAAGUACCCUAAAUACGACCUCACCUUCCCGGGGCCGACCCCGAUCCAGCAUCUGAAGCGCCUCUCCGACGCGCUAGGGGGCAAUGUCCAGCUGUACGCAAAGCGCGAGGACUGCAACUCGGGGCUCGCCUUCGGCGGGAACAAGACGCGCAAGCUCGAGUACAUCAUUCCGGACGCGCUCGAGGGCGGGUACGACACCCUCGUCUCCAUCGGCGGCGUGCAGUCGAACCAGACGCGGCAGGUUGCCGCCGUCGCCGCCCACCUCGGGCUCAAGUGCGUGCUCGUGCAGGAGAACUGGGUGAACUACCACGACGCGGUGUACGACCGCGUGGGCAACAUCGAGCUCUCGCGCAUCCUCGGCGCGGAGUGCAGGCUCGAUAAGGCCGGGUUCGACAUCGGGAUCCGGCCGAGCUGGGAGCAGGCGAUGGAGGACGUGAAGAAGGGCGGCGGCAAGCCGUUCCCGAUCCCGGCGGGCUGCUCGGAGCAUCCGAAGGGCGGUCUGGGCUUCGUGGCGUUCGCGGAGGAGGUGAGGAAGCAGGAGGAGGAGCUCGGCUUCAAGUUCGAUUACAUCGUCGUCUGCGCCGUCACGGGCAGCACGAUGGCCGGUAUGGUGGUGGGCUUCGCGGCCGACGGGCGGGCGAACAGGGUUAUCGGCAUCGACGCAUCCGCAAAGCCUGAGAAAACGCGGGCGCAGGUACUGCGAAUCGCGAAGAACACGGCUGAGCUGGUGGAGGUCGGGCGCGAGAUCACGGAGGAGGACAUCGUGCUGGACACGCGCUUCGGCGGGCCGGAGUAUGGGCUUCCGAAUGAUGGGACUAUGGAGGCGAUUAGGUUGUGCGCGAGGACGGAGGGUGUGCUCACGGACCCCGUGUACGAGGGCAAGUCUAUGGACGGGAUGAUCCAGAUGGUGAGGAAUGGCGAGUUCCCGGAGGGGUCAAAAGUGCUGUACGCGCAUCUUGGGGGUGUGCCUGCGUUGAGCGCAUACAGCUACCUGUUCAGGGAGGGUUGACGGCGAUGGAGGAAGUCCCAAAUAGGAAGGUCCUAAUGAUCUGUGUAGCCUUAGUACGCCAUCGACAACGUGGUCCAGGAGAUACCGGCUUGUUAGGCCGUUCAGUUCCAAA